UGGGGCAAGCUUCAGUCCAAAGCCGCGACUCGACCCGAACGGACUCGCUCUCGGUAUCGAUCCCGCACACAUCUCGGCAGACAGUCACACCCUUCCUUCCACGUGCCACCCUUGGACUGGUCCUGUCCGCCCAACAGACACAUCCGCGGGCCAAUUUAGACACGACACAAAAAAAAUCCCCAAAAUUGGUACCAUCAGCCUGUGUGUGCAAGUGAACGUGUGUUUCUGUGUGCGCGCGUGUAUGUGUGUGUGAUAAUUUCCGAAUUUCGGGUUCUCCAUCAUUACCUUCUUCCCGGGGUCAUCCACCAAAUUGCAAUCGCGUCCCGUAUCGUCCGAUCAGUUUCGGCAUUCCUUUUUCGCUGUUUCGCGUUCGUUCGUCCGUGGAUUUAUCGACCGCGGCCAACCAUAAGGACGUCGCCCCGGCAAGCUCGCUAAUCACUGCACUGCACAGGCUUCUCGGGCAAGGAUGCUGCUACGCAAAGCGACGGCCGCACUCGGUGGAUGCUUGCGCCAGCAACUACCACGUGAUGUGGUGGUGCCGCUAGCGACCGCACACCAGCACCAACGUCGAUGGCUAUCGAACGGUGGACGAAAAACGCAUCCCAAAAUUCUCAUCACAGGUGGACUCGGACAGCUUGGGGUGGAGUGUGCGAAGCUGCUGCGCAGCCAGUACGGCGAGGAGAGCGUCAUCCUGUCCGACAUCAUCAAGCCGAGCAGCGAGAUCGUCAACAGUGGGCCGUACAUCUUUGCCGACAUUCUCGACUUCAAGGGGCUGCAGAAGAUCGUGGUCGAUCAUCGCGUCGACUGGAUCAUCCACUUUUCCGCGCUGCUCAGCGCGAUCGGCGAGCAGAACGUGCCGCUCGCGGUGCGCGUCAACAUCGAGGGCAUGCACAAUGUGCUCGAGCUGGCCAAACAGUACAAGAUGCGCAUCUUCGUGCCGAGCACGAUCGGUGCGUUUGGCCCGGACAGCCCACGCAACCCGACGCCCAACGUGACGAUCCAGCGGCCGCGCACGAUCUACGGCGUGUCGAAGGUGCACGCGGAGCUGAUGGGCGAGUACUACCAUCACAAGUUCGGGCUGGACUUCCGCUGCCUACGGUUUCCGGGUGUGAUCUCCAGCGAUCCACCCGGCGGUGGCACUACCGAUUACGCCGUGGCCGUGUUCUUCGAGGGAUUGAAGACGGGCAAGUAUCAGUGCUACCUGAAGCCCGACACCCGUCUGCCCAUGAUGUACAUCGAGGAUUGUUUGCGCUCGCUGCUCGAGUUCAUGACCGCACCGGAGGAGAAGCUACAGCGCCGAGUGUACAACGUAACUGCCAUGUCUUUCACGCCCGAGGAGCUGGUGGAGAAGCUGUCCAAGUAUAUUCCCGAGCUGCACGUAAGCUAUCGGCCCGACAGCCGACAGCUCAUUGCCGACUCGUGGCCACAGAUCUUCGAUGAUAGUGAGGCGCGCCGGGACUGGGGAUGGCAGCACAAGUACGAUCUGGACAAGCUGGUCGACCUAAUGGUGCGCGAUGUCACCGAAAACUACAUCAAAAAGGCGCCAAACUGAGACUGAGCGCUCGGUGUGGCAGGGUGGCGAACGUGCUCUGUUAUCGAGCGUUGCAAUAAAUUGGCAAAUAAAAUUGAUACAAAUGGA